AUGGGAAGUACUUGUUGCCAUAAAUAACUCCAGGUAACCUAGUCUUAGGGUAAAAGAUUAAUAUUAUAUAAACAGAAUUAGUAUUUGAUAGCAAUAACAUUUCUAUCAUUAAGAAGUCUAAUCAUAAAGAGGAAAAUCCAGAUGAACCUCCGUUAAAGUUACCAUCAUAAAGUGUUUCCAUUCGUUAAGUGUACGAGGAAGUCGUGGUUUUAAGUUAGCUGAAAAUUCCAAUAUAAAAUGUGAAAGGAGCCUUGGUUGAGGAGAAUAUAUUGAAAGAUUCGAAGGAGUCUUAGGAGCCUUUAGAAAAAUAAGAUGAAAUAGAGGAAAAAAAGGAGGAUCUUGAAGAGUAAAAGGAUAGAGUGGAUUUAAAUCAGUUGGAGAAAAUAGUAAAAGCAGAAAAAUUGGAGAUUUAAAAUGAAACUUAGUAAAAGCAAUAGCAAGAUACAGGAACAAGAAAGUCUCCAGCAGCCUCUACAAAAACAGUACCUCGGGACCCUAUUGAUCAUAGUCCAAAGAGAAAAGAGAGUAUGGCUUCGGUAGGGUCAGUCUCUGUAAAAAUUGGCGUAGAAUUAUUCGUAAAUUUAAAAAAACAAUCAAUAACUAAAGUUUACACUCUCGGUUAGGUUUUAGGUUAAGGUGCAUUUGGUAAGGUUUGGAAAGUAACACAUAAAACCACAGGUAGAGAUUUUAUUAAGUUAAAUUUGAGGUUUAAUUAGAGCGAUGAAACAAAUUCGAAAAUCGGAAUUAAUUAAGGAAGAUGAGUAAAAAAUGUUUUCAGAGAUGAACCUGCUAAAAAAUCUGUAUCAUCCCAAUAUUGUUAAACUAUAUGAAUUGUAUCAAGAUUCUAAUAAUUAUUAUUUGAUAACGGAGUAUUAAUAAUAACAUAUAAUUUAGAUAUUUAAGUGGAGGGGAGUUGUUUGAAAGAAUUAAGAAGAUGAAUUCAUUUACUGAGAAAAGAGCUAGUGAUUUGAUGAGACAAAUAUUGAUGGCCAUAGUGUAUUGUCAUGAGAAGAAAAUUGUUCAUAGAGAUUUGAAGCCUGAGAAUGUUCUUUUCUCAGGCACUGAACCUGACGCAUUACUAAAGAUUAUUGACUUUGGAUGCUCUAGAAGAUUUAAUUCCCAAAAGAAUAUGACCAAAAGGUUAGGGACUGUAUGCUAUACAAAUUAAUAUUAAGCCAUAUUACAUUGCACCUGAAGUCUUAAAUCAUAAUUAUAAUGAGAAAUGUGAUGUAUGGUCGUGUGGUGUCAUUUUAUAUAUUUUAUUGUGCGGAUAUCCUCCAUUCACAGGAAAAAAUGAGAAUGAAAUAUUUGAGAAGGUUAAGAUAGGUAAAUUCAAAUUCCCAAGUAUCUUUUGAAUGUUUAUUUUAUUAGUUGAGGAAUGGGAUUCAAUAAGCAGAGAAGCAAAAAGCUUAAUUCAAAGAAUGCUUUAAGUAGAUGUGACAUCAAGAUAUUCAGCAUCACAAGCAUUGAGUGAUCCUUGGAUUUCAAAACACUCACCGGAUACACAAAUAAAUAAAAAAGUUCUAGAGAAUUUGGGAUAAUUCCAAGCCAAAAGUGAAUUUAAGGCUGCAAUUGUGCAGUAUAUAAUUAGUCAAAUGACAACCAAUAAAGAAUUGGAAGACCUUUAGAAAUCAUUUCAAUCUUUGGAUAAGAACAAAGAUGGGGUUUUAAAUAAAGCUGAAUUAGUAGAAGGAUACACCAAAGUACUUAAAAACAAAGAAUAAGCUGAAGAAUAUGUUGAAAAGAUAAUUUCUAAGAUUGAUAAGAAUUAAUCAGGAGUAAUAGAAUUUAAUGAAUUUUUAAUGGCUGCCAUUAAUGAAGAAAAGAUCCUUUCAAUUAAAAAGGUUGAGUAGGCAUUCAAAAUUUUCGAUUCGGAUGGAGAUGGCUUUAUCAGCAGGCAGGAAAUAGAAGAAGUUAUGGGAGAAUUGAAUGCUGAUGUUUGGAAUCUAUUUUUGAAUGAAACAGAUGGAAACAACGAUGGAAAAAUAUCUUACGAGGAAUUCUCAAAAUUGAUACUUAACAAAUGAG